UCCCAACGGUCGCCACCUAGUCUCCACGCGGUGACAAGUAACAGGUACAACAACGGCGGCUUCAUUCCGAGCUUUGCCAACAGCGACAACAUCCCGUUGGUAGUUGGUGAAUUUCCUCUGUGUCAACUCGCUCUGUCUCGUGCGAGUAAAAUGCGAGCUGUUUCUGGCUGACAACCGCAAGAGUUGCAUUAUUUGCAUUAGCUUGCCGGAGAUAUGUCUCCCACCGCCACGUGCCAUUCCAAGAUUUGAUGUCAUUAAACUCGUUCCAGGUACGAGCUCAGAAUUGAACAGCUAUAAGUGGUAGUUUAUAGAGGGGGAUUUUCUGCUACUAUACCCUUUUGAUGAAAUGUAAGAUGCAAUUAGAUGCAACAAGUGCAGCUAGUCACUAAGCACAGCCACACUCGGGUUUCUGUCUGCUUCAUCAUCGAGAAUCCGAACCCUCAAUCCCCAAUACCAACAUGAAGAAACGGUCCAGAGCGUGCGAAGAAUGCCACCGACUGAAAAUCAAAUGCGACGUGCCGGAAACCGAGGGCGUGGAAAGAGGCGUGUGCGAGAGGUGCAACCGGAACAAUCUGACUUGUACACCGGCAGCACCACGGCUCCAGCGCAACAGGAUCCAGGAACUUGAAACGCAGAUUGAGGCGCUCAAGACUGCGUUAAGCGAAAAAAGCAGCAGUGAAGCUCCAUCAACCCCAGCGUUUGACAGUCCUCUCUCGUAUGCUCCGCAUGAUGGGACAUUGUCGUUUUUGGAUGUUCGGAUCCCGUUCGAGAGGCAACGAUCUUUGCUACGCAAGGUCGCGGAACAAUUGAGGACUAUAUGGCCGGUCGUCGUAUUGCAAGAUGACUUGGAAACGCUACGAGCACAGUCUCCGAUACUUUUGGCUUGUGUGCUGGCGUUUUGCACCACUCAUGCAAUACAAGACACAGAGCUCCCCGUCCACGACGAACUUGUACGCGACGUAAUGCGCAUCCUGGCCGAUGAAGUGUUAGCGAAGGGCCGUAAAUCGAUGGAGUUAGUUCAGGCUCUAUUGAUAGCAACCCUCUGGAGUAAAUCUACUAGGGACGGGUCCGACAACUGCUGUUACCAGCUUGCUCAGCUGGCGACCGAAAUGGCUAUCGAUCUCGGGAUCGGCGGUCCUUCAUUGCAGCCAACUCCUCCGGCGUUUUUCUCUCGCCAUCGAGAUGCAACGUCCCUUGAAGCGCGGCGCACAUGGCUGGCCUGCUCUAUCUUGCUUUCGUCGGCUUCCAUGCAUAUCCGCCGAGCUCCUGCGGUUCAGUGGGAUGCGUAUCAUGAAGAGUGUCUUACUCACCUGCAGAACGAUGGUUUACCAUCAGAUGCUCUGCUCUGCGAGAUCGUCCGCAUCCACCAAUUGAUGCAGGAGACUUCAGACCGUCUCUGCCACUGCCAAUCAGCAACCUUCGUAGACGCCAACAACUACGACACCCACGCCACAAUCGACCUGAUGAAGAACAAAGUCAACACCUGGGCAGCCCAAGUCCCCGACAAUCUCGCAUCGUCCCAAAUCCUCAAGCUCUGGCACCACGUAGCCAUGGUCCACAUCCACGAAGUCGUCCUCCACACCCCGACCAACAAAUUCAUCUUCGCCGCCCCCUACAUCCCCAUGCGCAUCCCCACCAAAGACUUCCCCAAACCCGCGCUCUGCAUCCCGCCUCUUUCCCACGCCCUCCACGCCCUCAUAGAACACUGCCACGCCGUUCUCGACAUCGUCUCGCGAAUGGAUCCCGCCGUCGUCCUCGAGCUUCCUACAUUUUGUUUCGCACCCGUGGUGUUAUACACGCUUUUCGUGCUAGUCACGGUGUUUGUCACCGCGACUGAUCCCACCAAUACGUAUGGGCGGUAUCUGGCCAGAGAGCGGUUUUUGAUAGAGCAUUAUGGGGCGAAGAUGCUGGGGUUGAGGAAAGAGGUUAUUGAGAGUGAUCCGAUGAUGAGCUGCUAUACGACGAGGAUGAUCGAUGCUACGUCUUGGCUGGGGCAGUGGUAUGAUGACUAUAAUGUUAUUAUCGAGCGGUAUCAGGCGCAAGUUUCCGGGUAGCGAGGGUGGUUUGAUCCGCGGAGGGCCUGAAGCGCGAUGUCG